AUGCCUUCAGUGACAGCAACGAUGGUUCCCUUUCUUCGUGUGGGAACGCCUGUGGUGUCUCAGGAACCUAUGAUUGACGAGGAGGAUCACCAUCAAAAUUGCUCAAAGUGGCGUAAGAUAUCGAAAAAGCUAUCGCUGAAGCGGAAACGAAAUGAGCGUGUUCAAGAAUCCUGCUUGGGCGACCAGAACGCGAACAAGGAGACGCAUGCGGCCAGAAUCAGUCGUGAAAUGAAGACAACCGUGGAGGCGAUCGCGUACAUUGCCGAACAUAUGAAAGGCGAAAUGAACGACAAAAAGGUCUUAAUAGUUCUUCAUUUCAUAUUUUCAGUAUUAAUAACAUUGGUGCUGUGCUCAUCCGACGAGGAUCAGCUGGUGACGGAUCUAUUCAACGGCUACAAUUCACUCAUUCGACCAGUACCGAACGCCUCUUCACCACCGAUAGAGGUGGCGUUCAGUUUGGCAUUGGUGCUGCUUAUAAACAUCGAUGAGAAAAAUCAGAUCAUGCAUACAAACGUCUGGCCAACAAUGCGUUGGAAAGACUAUCAAAUGCGCUGGGAUCCGAGAUUCUACGGAAACAUCGAAACAAUACGAGUUCCUCCCGACAAAGUCUGGCUUCCGGAUAUUGUGCUGUUCAACAACGCUGAUGGCAAUUACUUGGUGUCGUUCUACUCAAAUGUCGUCGUUGAACACACCGGAGAAAUGCUGUGGGUCCCACCAGCGGUUUAUAAAUCGAGCUGCAUAAUCGAUGUUGAAUAUUUUCCGUUUGACGAACAAGUCUGUGCGCUGACGUUUGGCUCAUGGACCUUCAAAAAAGAGGAGGUGCAGAUUUCAUAUUUGAUGGGAAAGAAACAGGUAAAAGCUACUCUCCUGAAGAAGUUUCCAAUUAUGAUUUGA